UUUGAAUCGACACGCCCUAUCGAUGCGAUAAAGUGAUUUCUAUGCGAUUCGGUCGAUUGUCCCACAUGAUGUUAUGGGGGAGUCGAACCGCGUUUUAAUGGUCGAUUGUUCGUUUUUUCUAUGAGUAGGAUCCGUUUUUUGUCCGUCUCAUAUUUUUUAUCAUGAACGAUAAAACGCUUGGAAAACGCGUGUAACGUUCUCUCCGCCAAACGUUCUGAUUACGAGAAUAACAAUAGGUGUAGUACGUCCUCGUACACCGCGUACUUUUCCAGCGGAAACCGUUGACAUAGAAUGUGAUGCACUGUCGAAUUUCGUGCGCGUCUGUUGUACCCGUUCAUUUCGCACUCCUAACGGACGUACCGCGAUCGCUAUCGAAAUAGCAUUCGACGGAAACACCCCGGAUCGACGAGUCCAAACUGCGGAAUAUUACUUAACAGGACGUCAUUGAUCAGUACACAAUUCAGUCGUGAAUCGUUCUGAAUCGUACGAAAAAUGUUCAAACUCACGACGGUUACGAUGUCGUUUGUGUGUGUCGCAAUUCUAUCAAGUCAAAUAAAGGCGUUUUACGUGGACGCCGCUCCUACGGUCACAACAAACGAGAUGGACGUGUUACCGGACUCGGUGGUCGAGCUGGUGGGCUCCGACGCGUUCGAGCGGAUCUGGCGGAAGGCUGCGGCCGACCAGAUGGCCGCGCGGUUCGGCCGCGACGGCGGCGGUGGUCAGUUGCCCACGCGCAACAUGGUCGGCGACUACAUCGCGUCGGACGAGUUCCAUCAGGCCGUGUGCAAGGGCGGUGGCCAGGGCUUGGCGUCCAUGGGCGGCAUGAUGGGCAACGCGCCGCCACCGUGGUCUUACAUGGGCACGUUCAUCGGGUCGGAGAAGUUCCAGCACGGCACGUGCGACAUGAUGUCCCAAGGCAUGAUUCAGUUUGGGGAGGGCAUGAACGGGUGGUUCCGGUCGGCCGGCACUGCGGGGCCGGCCCAGCCCGGCCGGGCUGCGGCCGAGCCGCAGGACCCGUUGCUGGCGGUCGACGAGUUCUUCAGGUCCGAGCAGUACCGCGAUGCCCGCGAUCAGCUGCGCAAAAUGUAUUCGGACGUGCGGUUCUGAUGGUCCGCGACUCCAUUCGCCCGUGUUUUUUGUUUUAUUUUGUUAAGAUCAUUAUUAUAUUGUUAUUAUUACUUUACCCAUCCCCACCCAAACCUUGCCUGUUUUAUCGACGACCGUUAAUCGUUUUUACAAAAAUUUGUCCGUGCACCGCUCACGAUUUGCUCGCGAGAACAAAAUGUGUCUUCACUCAUGUGUUUUCGUUCCGACGUUUGUUGUACGGUUUUUAUUUUACGCGUACCCUAUUUGUUUGCCACUGUCGCGUGUCACACAUUAUUGUAAUCGUACCGGUCAUGCGCGCACAAAAACGGUACGCCUAAUGGUGUAACGGUAUACGGUUUUCGAUUGUUAUUCCGCUGUACGCACGGGACCACCUGCGUUGAAAGACGAGCGAAUUUGAAACGUUACGCUCACGAAACUUGCACUGGAUCGCUCAAUACUUUUGUCCGUUUUUUUUUUCCAUUUGAGAUCGUUGAAUUCUGUUGAUGAAGAUUAAAACGAAAAGAGUAAUAAUUGUGUGGUGAAUAAACGAUCGAUAACAAUUUUAAUUAACGUAAAUCGAAACACACUGGAUUUCUCGCUUUUUUUGUUCCGACAGUUACAGUUUUAUUUCAGUGACUCUUCGGUCUACUCGCUAACAUAAAAUAUUAAAAAAAAAAUAUAUAAUAAUAAUAAUAAUGCAAAGUAUUUGAAUAUUAAUAAAUAUAGCGAAAUAGAAUAAAUCAUAUACAAAUUGUAUACCAUUGUGUAAAAUAAUUCUUUACGCCGUACAUAAUGUACGCCACGUAUAAUAAGAUAUUAAACAUUUAUGUUAUACAAAUUUACAUCACUAGGUAUACCUAUUAAUAUUAAUAUUAUUAUUAUUAUUAUUAUUAUUAUUAUUAUUAUUAUUAUUUUUGUUAUAUUUAUUUUGACCGGAUUUCAACGGUAAACAUAUGUACGUGAUCAUUUUUACACA